AUGUCAAUACAAGCAGGGGCUGAAAUUGGAUUGACGGAUCGCUGCGGCCGGGGACCAAUAUCCUGGGCCGCGCAAAAUGGCCAUGAGGCCGUGGUGCAGCUUCUGCUUGAUACUGGGAAGGUGGAUGCGAACUCAAAGGACUAUGAGGGUCAAACACCAUUAUACUGUGGCCCGGCAAGUCGUCAUAAGGAGGUGGUGGAGCUUUUACUCGGGACUCGACAGGUGGAGGUUGACCAAAAGGACGAAUGGAGCCAGACACCAUUAUCCUUGGCCGCGGAAAAUGGCCACGACGCUGUAGACAAAUGGAGCCAGACACCAUUAUCCUGGGCCGCACGAAAUGGCCAUGAGGCUGUGGUGCGGCUAUUGCUUGAUACUGGGAAGGUGGAUGUGAACUCAAUGGACUGUGGUGAUCGAACACCAUUAUUUUGGGCCUCUCUGGAGGGCUACGAGGAGGUGGUGAAUUUGUUACUCGAGGCUGGAGAGAUAGAUGUGGACUUGAAGGACAACGGGGGCCGAACACCAUUAUGCGGGGCUGCGGGAAGCGGUCAUGAGGCGACGGUGCAGUUGUUACUCGAAACUGGGAAGGUGAAUGUGGAUUCAAAGGACUCAAAAGGCCGAACACCCUUAUCCUGGGCCGCGGGAAAUGGCCGUGAGGCUGUUGUGAGGCUGCUAUUUGAGACUGGACAGGUGGAGGUUGACUCGAAGGACUCCAGUGGCUGGACGCCAUUAUUUUGGGCCUCUCUGGAGGGCGACGAGGAUGUGGUGAAUUUGUUACUCGAGACUGGAGAAGUAGAUGUGGACGUGAAGGACAACGAAGGUCGAACACCAUUAUGUGGGGCUGCGCUAGGCGGUCAUGAGGCGACGGUGCAGUUGUUACUCGAGACUGGGAAGGUGAAUGUGGAUUCAAAGGACUCAAAAGGCCGAACACCCUUAUCUCAGGCCGCGGAAAAUGGCCGAGAGGCUGUAGUGAAGCUGUUACUUGAGACUGAACAGGUGGAGGUUGACCCAAAGGACAAACGGAGCCCGACACCAUUCUCUUGGGCCGCACGAAAUGGCCAUGAGGCUGUGGUGCGGCUAUUGCUUGAUACUGGGAAGGUGGAUGUGAACUCAAUGGACUGUGGUGAUCAAACACCACUAUCCUUGGCCGCACGAAAUGGCCGUGAGGCUGUGGUGCGGCUAUUGCUUGCUACUGGGAAGGUAGAUGUAAACUCAAUGGACAGGGGUGACCGAACACCAUUAUUUUGGGCCUCUCUGGAGGGCUACGAGGAGGUGGUGAAUUUGUUACUCGAGGCUGGAGAGAUAGAUGUGGACUUGAAGGACAACGGGGGUCGAACACCAUUAUGCGGGGCUGCGGGAAGCGGUCAUGAGGCAGUGGUGCAGUUGUUACUCGAGACUGGGAAGGUGGAGGUUGACCCAAAGGACAAAGGGGGCCGGACACCAUUGUCCUGGGCCGCACUGAAUGGCCAUGAAGCCGUGAUGCGGCAAUUGCUUGAUACUGGGAAGGUGAAUGUGAACUCAAUGGACUAUGAGGGUCGAACACCAUUAUACUGGGCCAUGGCGAGGCGUUAUAAGGAGGCGGUACAGCUUUUACUUGAAAAUGACCAGGUGGAUGUGGACUUAUUAUGA